AUUGUCUUAUUUUCAGAAUCGUGUCCUAUUUCGUCUUUUCCUUGCAUGAAUUCCAUUUCCGGGUGAGUGAAUGCUAGACAUUUCUAGAGCUGCCAUUUGCAGAUCGGAAGGAGCUGGGCGUCGUAAGGGUCAGUCAGCCGUAUGUAUAAUAUCGACCAGUGAGGUUUUUCGUACUCACGUGCAUGGCAGCAGCUGGUAAUAUAUCAAAGACUCGCCGGAGCAGAAUGGUCCGUAACUGGAAAUAUGAUCAUCACCGGUGGCCGUCGAGUUCUGUGGCAGGUCGGAGACCGGCGCACUUCUUCAAAAUAAUGCUCCCCUCUGCCAUGGCCCAAAAAAAACUGAGGAUCCCCGUAAAGUUUGUAAGAUUAUUUGGGGAUGAAUUGCCAAGUACCGUUGUAACACUCAUUCUUCCCAACGGUUGUAGUUGGCAAGUGGGGUUGGAGAGAGCUAAAGACAAGGAGAUUUGGUUUCAUGAUGGCUGGCAUGAUUUUGUAGAAUAUCACUCUAUAGAUAAUGGCUACUUUUUAGUCUUCAGGUAUGAAGGAAAUUCAAAUUUCCAUGUUCUUGUAUUUGACAAGACUGCUACUGAGAUCCAGUAUCCAUUGAAAAAUUACUUGGACAACGAUGAUCAUCAAGUAGUAGUGGACAUUAUGGUAUCAGAUGAAGCUGUAGAAAAAUCAAGCCAUGACAAGUCGAAAGAAACUCAAGAAAUUAUGUCUAAACAUGAAGAUGGAGAAACAUCUCAUCAUGAUAGGGAAAGACCAGUACUUUCUAGCACAUCCACGAAAGAAAGAUGUCUCUGGAUGUCCAGACUAGUAGUAGGAAGAGAGAGAGCAAUCCAAGCAGCCAUAACUUUCAAGCCUAAAAAUCCUUCGUUCAUGCGUGUCAUGCGGUCAUCUGCACUUUAUCAUAUGCAUGUGCCUAAUGGAUUUGCUACCAGCUAUCUUUCUCUGAAUCAAAGUGUCAAACUUCAGACUUCCGAUGAUGAUGAUGGACAACAUGAAUGGGAUGUCAUAUGCCGUUGCCACCAUAAGCACCCGAGGUUGUCACUUAAACUAGGAAGCGGGUGGAAAGUCUUUGCAAGGGACAAUAAUUUGAAAGAAGGAGAUGCCUUUGUCUUUGAGCUCAUCCAGAGGAACCCUAUUGUCUUUAAAGUCUCCAUAUUUCGCGUAGUUGACUAUGUUUGAACUCAGUACGUACUCUACUAAGUUGACUUGUCUAUAUAUGGUACUCAGGGCCAAUGUUCAUGUUAAUUUGAUGCAGUCUGUAUUUUCUUUGUUUUGUUCUCUUGAAGAAGGAUACUUUUAAAGAUUAUUAACUACUAGCUUUUGUUUUGGUUCCUUUCAA